AUGGCAUACGUGAGUAAUAAUUUCUAUAUAUUAAAAAAUGAUCAUCAAACAAACAAUUUUGAAGAGGGAUCAGUGGACCACUUGUUCCAAAUGGUAAAGGAAGGUCACCAAUCUCAAUUUAGGUAUGCCAAUGCUAAUAAUUUGAAAUCAAUGUGUGCAAUGGCACAAGUUAACAUUGAACGACGCCACCAAGAACUUCAAGACGCUGCAACUGGGCUUUCCAAUCAACAAUGGGACAACAGUUUUCAUCGUUACUUGACUUGUUCAACUGAAUCAAAAUCUAUUUAUAUCAUUCUCAAACUUUUACCAUAUAUAGGAGAUGAAAAUGAAACUUUUAUUAUUAUUUCAAUGUUAAUGCAAAUAGUCGAGAAUGGAUCGUAUCCCGAAGAGAUAUUGGUAGCAGAAGGACUUGCAUCACACCUUUUAACAAACUAUAGUUCAAGGUUGGCAGAUAUUUACUUUUUAACCAAAGUUCACAAACUCUUUCUAAAGAUGCUCAGACACGAAAAAAUUGGUGAGUUCUCUUGCAUACGAAGAGCAGCAGUUGCAUUCUUUAAUGAAUUUGGUCGUUUAGGCACCUUCUAUGGCACAACAUUAAGAUUCUCCGAAGAAGAAAUCAAAGAAGGAAUUGCUCUACUUCAAAAGCCCGAUUGGUCAUCCCUCCCAUUUUGA